GGUUCAACCGGAACGAAGCUUACGUACUUACGUACUUAACUUUUUUACAAGAAGACAGCAGCUCGAAACACAAAGAGAACUGAUCAAGUAAAGGUGUGACAGACAAGGAGGUUUUUCCGGAAGAAGAGAUGAGUGCUGAAAUCAGCACCAUCCCCUCGUUACACUUGUAUUUGGAUUCCUUUUGGUCAUCCAGUGUAGAAUCCCACAGCUCUGACGUAAACACCACCAACGCAUGGGUAACAGCACCCACAUCUUCGUACAACCCAACCGUUUCCAGCAGCAUUAGAAUGGACCCGGCCCAGUCCAGCCCGACUCCAGAUGAAUUCUCAGAACUAAGCUCUGAGUUUCAGGCCCAGCUCGACCUGUUCCUCAAGCUGGGGUUUUCCCAAAUGCAGGUCCGUGCCGCUUUCUUGAAACUCGGCCUCAACGCAGACACCAACAGGGUUUUGGGUGAGCUGAUACAGGCUGCUGGGGAGUCAGAGGAGAGAGAGGAACCGACAGCCUCCCCGGUGCUGGUUUCACGUGGGGAUGCUUCCUGUAAGGUCCGAAGCACCCAGAAUUACAGUCAUAAUGCUCCGGCAGUGUCAAGCACUUCAGAAGAGCUGGUAGAGGAUGAGGACGCACUCAGACCAAUAGUUAUUGAUGGGUCCAACGUAGCCAUGAGCCACGGGAACAAAGAAGUUUUUUCCUGUCUGGGAAUUCAGUUGGCAGUGAACUUCUUCCUGGAGCGGGGUCACGUUGACAUCACGGUGUUUGUGCCUUCCUGGAGAAAAGAACAGCCGCGACCUGAUGUACCCAUUACAGAUCAGCACAUUCUGCGUGAAUUAGAGCGGCGGAAGCUCUUGGUGUUCACACCAUCCAGAAGAGUGGCAGGAAAACGAGUGGUUUGCUACGAUGACCGUUUUAUUGUGAAGCUGGCGUACGAAUCUGACGGCAUUAUUGUAUCCAACGACACUUACCGAGAUCUGCAAGGAGAACGUCCUGAGUGGAAGCGUUUUAUAGAGGAGAGGCUUCUGAUGUAUUCGUUCGUCAAUGACAAGUUUAUGCCUCCGGAUGACCCUUUGGGAAGACAUGGACCCACCCUAGACAACUUUCUCAGGAAGACUCCACGUAUACCUAAGAAACAGCCCUGUCCUUAUGGAAAGAAGUGCACUUAUGGAAUCAAGUGCAAGUUCAAUCAUCCAGAGCGAACCAAGCAAUCCCAGCGUGCCCUGGCCGAUGAGCUCCGAGACAAAGCCAAAAUUUCAUCCACACCACACAAACCUCAACCGGUUUCCAGUCAGAGUCCGUCUCUGGAGGAAGUAAUGGAACAGAAACUCUCCCUGGAUGCUGGAUCUCUCAAGAAGAGUCACGCCAGUGAAAAUGUCCUUGUCAUUAAAGCAGCCCCCCAGCCAACUCAAAGAAAGUUUCCUUCGAAAAAAGAACAACGGCAUUCGCCAACAAGACUAGAUUCCUUUCCCAAUGGAUCUCAGGAGCAUUUGGAUUCUGGCUUGGGUUCCUACGAAUGCCAUUCUCCUGAAUCUUCCCAUUGUGAUCGCUACUGCGACCACAGGAAGUCCAAACCAUCCAACAGUGGGCGGCAUCGCUACGUUCUGGCCAAUAGCCAACCUUGCAGUUGCUGUUCCUACCAAUCCUUAAGCACCAGUGGAGCCGGUCAGCACCAUAGCAUGGGCCUGCCCAGCUCACCAAACCCAAGUUAUGCUCAACCCCAGUAUCACUCCUAUGGAGGAGGUUCAGUUUACCCACCUGUUAACAUGUCCCAGUAUUCAUUUCCACACAGCAGAGGGCCUCCUCCCCAGCAGGGCUACUGGUCUGACCAUUAUGGUGGCUAUCCUCCAGCGUCCCACAAUUCCAUGCAGCCAGAGAGAGGACUUGGACACUGGUCGCCUUCCAAUCACAAUCCUCAGUGGUCCGAACGGGAGCAAGUGAGGAAGAAAUUACUUGCAAUUUUCAAUGUACGUUUGGUGGACAGAGCCAUGGACAGGUUCCCGUAUCUCCUGGACCCACAAAGACUGGCCGCAGAGAUUUUGACCCUUCAGUCUCAGGAUGGGGCUUUUUAAAUUAUUUUAGUUGAAGGACUAGGCGAUAAGACUAAGAUUCUGGCACCAAAGGUGUUACAAUAAGUUCUCAGCCACAACCACAAGAAGUGAUUUCAUUGGAGUCUGUGGCGUAAUUCAGUGUAACUCAGCCCACAGUGAAAUGUCAUCGGUCUACAAUCCCGCUUUUUUGUCAUGCAUCAUUUUGGUUUUCAGUGAGGCCAGAAAAUUACUAUUUAGUUGUCUAGUCGUGUAAUGAGGUGUAGCUCUGCCCACAGUGAAAUCUCAUUGGUUCAGAGUCCCGCUUCAUAUCAGAUAUGUUCUGAUUGACUGUUUUUGUUGCGUCAUGCAGCGUAUUUCUUUCAGUGAGGACAGAAAAAUUAUUUUUGUUGGAGUCUUUCGCAUAAUGCGGUGUAGCUCCGCCCACAGUGAAAUCUCAUUGGUCCACAGUUCCGCUUCACGUAAAAUUUGAUGUUCUGAUUGACUGUUUUUGUCAAGUCAUAUGCCGUUUUGCUUUUAGCAAGGACAGAAAAAUGACUUGAUUAUCAAAAAUUUGCCAUUCCUAAUCAGGACACGUUUUGAAAUAAGAUUUAAAAAUAGACAUUAAUGUCUACACAGUUUUAAAAAUACAAAUGAUAGUUUAGUAGAUGUUUAAUCUUUGACUCAAUACAAGCUAUUCAGAAGUUUUUAUUUCUGUUGUAUUUUUAAUAUUAUCUGACCUCUAACUAUGGUGAAUUCACUAUUGGUUGUAUUAACCAACAGGGUUUUUUCCAUCUUGCUGUGGUUCUCAAGAGUUUAAUAUCAUAAUUUUUUUAAAUUGUUUUUACAAAAAAUUAGUUCAUAUUUGAUCAUGGAAUUAAAUGAAAUUUUCUGAUUUAUUUGUGGAAAAACGUCUUUUUUUGUGCGUUUAAAGUGUUAUUAUUUGUGGUUCUGCAUGAUUUGCGGUAACCAGUAUGUUGAAUGUGUUGGCACCGUGUGCCAUAACUGAUAUUUGCUAAGCAGAACUACCACUAAGGUAGAAGAGUAUGCACCCUUUGGUGUAUUUUUCCAUUUUAUUAUAAGUGCUAACUUAUAAAAUGUCCUAAAGAAUGCAAUCAUCACCAGUGUAACUUGACAUAAUUUCUCAAAGUUCUCAAAGGUAAUUGCCAAAAGCAUGUAAAGUCGUGGAACUUUUGGUGCCUCUGUUAGUUUGUAUUGAGGCUGUUUAGAGUUAAAAAAGGGAGUCGGCAAUACUGAGUAGGCAAUUUUUUGCCAUUUUUUGUUUUAUUUAGCUGCAUGUUCUUUGCUCAUUUAAAUAUGUCUUUGCUUUUGGAUGCUGUAUCUCAUGUUGUUAAAAUAAAAUGCCAUAUUUAUGUA